CAGCCCAAAACAGUAAAAUCGAUCGGUCUGGCAGGUCCAUCGAGUAACGGGAUGGCACUUAUUUUGCAAACUUAGCACGAUUUGUAAGUGUUGAAUUUCAGUAUUUGUGAGCUAUGUUUGUGCGCUCGAAGAGUGGAAUAGACACCAGCAUGACUAUGUCCGAGUGCGAUCUGGAGGGCAACAGUGCGGGCAUUGACCUGUCCACCAAGAAGAAAAAAAGGGAGGUAUCCGUCACCUGCGAGGGAUUCAUUACCACGUACCAUGAGUACUGCGAGAACACCUCCAUUCACGGCGUCCAAUAUCUGGGUGAGCGGGAGCGCCCUAAGCGCGAACGAAUCUUCUGGCUGUUCGUGUUCCUGGUCUCGAUUUAUGGAUGCUCCACACUGAUCCUCAGUGCCUACACCAAGUGGACCGAAACGCCCGUCAUCGUAAGCUUCGCGGAGAAAUCGACGCCUGUGUGGAGCAUCCCGUUUCCGGCGGUCACUGUUUGCUCUGAGACCAAGCGGGUCUUAAAGCAAAAAGGUAAGGAGACCACUUAUGCCGAUCUAUACAGCCAAUUCAGCGAGGAAAUGCGAGCUUCUCGACUGUUUAAGCCCCAAAAUGUUAGCGCCCUGGAGAUGGAGGAGUUCCGCACCCUGCUUCACGUGUGCAACACCCAGAUCAUCGAGGAGGACAUGCCCUUGAUUGCCGGCGACGACUUGGACUACUUCGAUGUCUUGGAAAGAAUGCUGCCCCAGUUUGAGCGGUACUUCUUCUACUGCCGCUGGCUGAGUCGCUUCGGGGAAUGCGAGAAGUUUUUCCGUAAGACCCUUACGGAGGAGGGCAUCUGCUACACCUUUAAUGGGCUGCGGGCCACCGAGAUAUAUCGGGAGGACACCUAUCAGUACCGGCAUAGCGGAGAGCCAUUGGAAAUGGAGAACAUAAGCUCGCGCCACCCGCCCUGGACACUGGAGUCGGGCUAUGCUCACGGUAGUGAGGUGGAAACCUUUCCGGCCAGGGUCCUGAGUGCCGGAGCUCGGUCUGGCAUUUUCCUGGCCCUUCAAAGCUUUAAGCAGGAGGUCGACUACGCCUGCCGAGGUCCUGUGCAGGGAUUUAAGGUGCUGCUCCAUGCACCCGACGAUGUGCCGCAGGUGUCCAAGCAGUUCGUGCGCAUUCCCAUGGGCAAGGAGGUGCUGAUCGCAGUGAAGCCCAGCAUGAUCACCAUGUCGUCGGGAAUCGCGGAAUACCAUCCGAUUCGGAGGCAGUGCUUUCUCAGCCACGAGCGGUCGCUGCGCUUCUUCAAGGUCUACACCGAAUCCAACUGCCAGCUGGAGUGUCUGGCCAACUUCACGCUGACCAAAUGCGGGUGCGUGAAGUUCUCCAUGCCGAGGAACAUGGAUAUGCCCGUGUGCGGAGAGGAUAAGAUCCAUUGCUACGAUCGGGCGGAAAGACAGCUGUUGGUCAGGGAGUUUGAAAGGGUGAAGGCUCUGAAUGCCGGGAAUGGGGAUUCGAGGGGCGUGGAAUCUGCCUGCAACUGCAUGCCCGCCUGCACAUCGCUCGUCUACAACACGGAGAUCUCGCAGGCCAACUUCGACCUGGAGGAAAUGCUGCUGGCUGAGGGCGACACCGACUUCCUGCAGGAGUAUCCCGGCUCCCAGAUGUCCCGCCUGUCCAUCUAUUUCAAGCAGAGCCAGUUCAUCACUUCGAAGCGAUCGGAACUGUACGGCAUGACCGAGUUCCUGGCAAACUGUGGUGGUAUCUUCGGUUUGUUCAUGGGGUUCUCCAUCUUGAGCAUGGUGGAGAUGAUCUACCAUUUCACCUUGCGGCUCUUCACCAAUCUGAAGCGCCUUGUCAAGGUCCAGCAGAAAUAACUCAAUCUAACAUUUUAUCCCGAUUUUUGUCUUCGGUUGUAUAAAUAAAUUCAA